CGUUCACACCUGUUAGAUACAUUUUUCUGAAUUAAAAUCCCAUUAAACGCCACCGUCGACGCAAUAACUAUAACCGACGGUGACGGCGGUAGGUAUUAUCAUGUAAUAGGUGCCGCAGUAGCAGCGGCCUGUCACGUAAUAAUAUUAAUAAUAUUGUAUCUGGACACGUCGAGACAUAUAUUCAAUGAUAUAAUGCGCAUGUGUGUGUAUGUGUGUGUGUGUGUGCUGUCUAUGUGUGCGUGUGUGUACGGUAAUAAAAUAUAAUAAUACGCGGCGGCUGAAUGUUUUCAUGACGACAGUAUGACACGAAUGCAGAAAAACGACGAUAGAUAAGGCCAGAAGGGCCGCCGUCGCAGCCGACGCGUUGUUCGUCGUCGUAUCGUAGACGUAGAUUCGUAGUUUCACACUGUAGAAAAGGACGAAAGGACGCGGGGAAUCACCGCCGUCGUCGUCGUCGAAAGACACUUAGUUCCACACAAAUCGUAUACAGCAUACUUGUCCAUUUCAAAAUGAAUAGCUCCUCAGAUACAGGAUUCAAUCCAGCAUUUAAUAUUGCAACUAUAAGACAAGUAUUCAAUGAAGCUGUUGAAAAAGUUCGUAUGCCAACUCCCAUGCGACUCAGGGAUUUAAUAAGGCAAAUUAGAGCAGCAAGAACAGCAGCUGAAGAAAGAGCUGUUAUCAAUAAAGAAUGUGCAGAUAUUAGAACAUCUUUUCGGGAUGAAGAUAAUGUCUGGAGAUGUCGAAACAUUGCUAAAUUGUUAUAUAUUCAUAUGCUUGGAUAUCCAGCACAUUUUGGACAGUUGGAAUGUCUAAAGCUAAUAGCUUCACCGAGAUUUACUGAUAAACGAAUAGGUUACUUGGGUGCUAUGUUGUUAUUGGAUGAACGACAAGAUGUACAUCUCCUUAUCACAAACUGCUUAAAAAAUGACCUAAAUAGUUGCACUCAGUUUGUUGUGGGUUUGGCAUUAUGUACCCUUGGUGCUAUUGCAUCACCAGAAAUGGCUAGGGAUCUUGCCACCGAAGUAGAACGUUUAAUGAAAUCACCUAAUACAUAUAUUCGGAAAAAAGCAGCUUUGUGUGCAUAUAGAAUUGUUCUCAAAGUCCCUGAACUAAUGGAAAUAUUUUUGCCAGCCACUAGAUCAAUGCUUUCAGAAAAAAAUCAUGGCGUACUUAUUACCGGUGUAACAUUAAUAACUGAAAUGUGUGAACGAAGUAUUGAUACCUUACAGCACUUUAAAAAGGUUGUGCCAAACUUAGUAAGAAUCUUAAAAAACCUAAUACUUGCUGGCUAUUCACCUGAACAUGAUGUUUCUGGAGUGAGUGAUCCUUUCUUACAAGUAAAAAUACUGAGAUUGCUUAAAAUACUUGGUAAAAAAGAUCCAGAGGCUUCUGAAACUAUGAAUGAUGUCCUUGCACAAGUAGCCACAACAACUGAAACAAAUAAAAAUGUUGGUAACACAAUUUUAUAUGAAACUGUGUUAUCAAUUAUGGAUAUUAAGUCUGAAUCCGGGCUCAGGGUGCUAGCCAUUAAUAUUUUGGGUAGAUUUUUGUUGAACACAGAUAAAAAUAUCAGAUAUGUUGCUUUGAACACACUUCUAAAAACUAUUCAUUUAGACAUGACUGCAGUUCAAAGACACAGAACUACUAUAAUUGAGUGUCUUAGACAAGACCCAGACGUAUCUAUAAGAAGACGAGCACUAGAGUUAAGCAUAGCUUUAAUUAAUUCUCAUAAUGUAUUGACUAUGACUAAAGAGUUACUUGCAUUUUUGGAAACAUCUGAACCUGAAUUCAAAGCUCAGUGCUCUUCUAGCAUUGUGUUAGCAGCUGAAAAAUUUGCACCCAAUACUCGAUGGCAUUUAGAUACUUUAAUAAAAGUUCUUGUUGCAGCUGGUAAUUACGUAAGAGAUGAUGUCGUAUCUAGUACAAUACAAUUAGUUUCUGAAUCUGGUGCUCAACAUGGCGGUUAUAUGGCUUCAAAACUAUGGGUAGAAUUGGAAAAAGACACAAGUGAUAAACAACCAUUGAUACAAGUGUCAACAUGGACGAUUGGAGAAUUUGGUGACAUGUUAUUACAACAAUCUGAUGAACAUGCUGUAACUGUCAACGAAGAAGACAUAUUAAGAGUAUACCAUAAAUUAAUGUGGAGUCCUCAAAAUAAUAUUAUCACAAAACAGUAUACAUUAAAUUCACUUAUGAAAUUAAGCACCCGUAUCAAAGUUAAUGUAGAUAAAAUACAUGAAAUGGUAGCAUCAUUUACAACACAUAUGCAUACUGAUUUGCAACAACGUGGAAUUGAAUACAAUCAGCUGUUCAACAGAUACGACCCAAUGCGAGAAGGUCUAUUAGAAAGAAUGCCUGCUAUGGAGUCAAAUAGAACUCAACAAUCACAAUGGAAUGAAACUAUUGAAAAUAUUCCAUCACCAAAUGAUUUACUUGUCACUGAUAUGACAAAUACUGAGACUACUAGUGAUUCUAAUGCAUUGUUAGUAUUACUAGAGGGUUCAAAUGGGGACACAGAAUUGAUUCCAAAUCAAAACCCUUCAAUAAUGCCAACCAUGAAUACUGAUACUCAAGAUUUGUUGGAUCUCUUAGGUGGUUUAGAUUUAAAUAACGAACCAAUGCAACCAUUGAACAAUCUUCCGUCGGAAAUUAGUUCAACUAAUGGAUUAAUUGAUACUACAAAUCAUAUAUUUGACUCAUUGAGUCUAGCAGAAGCGCCAAUUGUUAGCACCAACAAAGUUAAAAGCCCAGGAACUGUGACUGCGUAUGACCAAAACAAUUUACUAAUAACAUUAUUAGUUGAAAGGGAUCAGAUGAACAUAGAUUCAAACACGGUGAAUAUGACUGCUUACAAUAGUGGUACAUUUACCAUCAACGAAUUUCUUUUUCAAGCAGCUGUCCCUAAAACUUUCCAAUUACAAAUGUUACCUCCAUCGUCAAAUGUAAUUGAACCUGGUUCAUCUUUGACACAAUUAAUGCGAGUAUCAAAUGUAUCAAAAAGCCAGCUAAGAAUGAGAAUUCGGUUAUCAUAUACUGCCAAUGGUGUACCAAUUCAAGACCAAACCGAAGUGAAUAAUUUUCCUACCCCACCAGAUACAUUUGGAACAUCAACAUUAGAUCUUUGGUCCGAAAACCAAUGACAUAAAGUAUUAAUGGCCAUUGGCUAAAAAGAAUAUAGCAGUAGGUUUGAGUUGUAUGUGUUUCAAUGUGAUAUGUGUUUUAUUUUUGUCAAUUUUUUAAGAAAAAAUUGAACUUUUACAUCUAUCAAUGACACAAAUCAUUGUUUUAAGUGUUAAUUUUAAUUUUUAAAAUAACACGGUACAGUAACUAUGACUUUUAACCAAUUGUAUUGUACUUAAAACUUGUAUUAUUAGCUCACAGUAUUAUGAAUCAAUGUUUUUGUUUACAUUAGUUCUCAAAAUAAAAUUGUAUUGAUAGUAGUAAUAAUUGUUGAUGUUUGUGAUAAUUUUUAAACUGCACAUUCUAUUAUUUUUAUUUCGGUUGUAAAUCAAAAUCCGGUUGUGAACUCCUAAUAAUAUGUAACAUUUUGGUUCACACUUACGAAUAAUUUCGUAUAAAUAUUUAAACAUGCAUUCAACUUUUUUUUGUAUCUAUGUCUAUUCUUUUCUGCACUACUCGUAGAUGCAUAAAAUAUUAUUCAUUACUAUAUAAUAUGUAUAUUAAAUAAUAACUUGUUAAUAAAAUGUUUAUUUUAUUGUUAACUAUAUAAAUUAUUAUGCAUUGUAUUAUUAUUAUUAUUAUUAUUACAUUAAUAAAAUAAUGUAUUAAUUUGA